AUGCCAGUGGUGGGCAAGGAGAAGGUAACAUGGAUGAAGUUGACGACGAAACCUCUUGACAAGGAGGAGAACUUCAGUAAAGUCAAGAGGGCUCUUUGUAGCCUGACUCAAAUAAGAGACCAACGGUUCGACGAUAACGAAACAGUCACGAUCAAAGUGGUUUGUUGCAGUCCUGAAAAAGUUGCGGACAAACUCUGCAAAAAGGGAGGUGGAGCUAUCAAGAAGAUCGAGUAUGGUAUCGAAAACCCUAUGGCACCAAAGCCUAAGGCACCUGAAAAGCCUAAAGAAGCAGAGAAGCCAAAACCAGCUCCAGCUCCAGCUCCAGCUCCAGCUCGAGCUCCAGCUCCAGCUCCAGCUCCAGCUCCAGCUCCAGCAGCUUCCAGUUCUCAAACAAUGAUCCAUAAUUCAGAGCCGGGUCACCCGAUGUAUGGUGGGUCUUACAACGGCUAUUACCAAGAAUAUAGGUCUUACCCGGAGACGCAGUGGGGUCAGCCGAUGUAUAAUGGAUAUCCUUCAAGACCCAUUUAUGAUAGCUAUGGAGGUGGAGGUUGGUACGGAGAUGAGACCGGCUCAUCUUGCACUAUUAUGUGA